CUUCAAUACUCAAUUCAGUUAAAUUAAUACAGACUUGUUAAAUCACUGAGAAAUUGAGGUGGCCAUGAAGGUCUCCUGUUUACAAGUCUUUAGCAUUCUACUUUUUGCUGGAAUCCUCCACUGCCGUGCUCAUUCUCGUUACACUUUUGUGGUGGAAGAAACUCGAUACACAAGACUUUGCAGCAAUACUACCAUCUUGACGGUGAAUGGAAAGUACCCAGGACCAACAAUUCACGUACACAGAGGAGAUACAAUCAUUGUUGAUGUUAUCAACAAGGCCAAAUAUAACAUCACAAUUCACUGGCAUGGAGUGAUGCAGCCUCGGAAUCCAUGGUCUGAUGGACCUGAAUGGAUAACACAAUGCCCUAUUCAACCAGGAGCAAAAUUUACUCAGACGAUAAUAUUUUCAACUGAAGAAGGGACUCUUUGGUGGCAUGCUCAUAGCGAUUGGGCUCGAGCCACCGUUCACGGUGCAGUAGUAAUAUACCCCCAGAAGGAAACCACCUACCCGUUUCCAAAACCUCAUGCCGAAGUUCCUAUCAUAUUAGGAAACUGGUGGAAGAGCACUAUUUAUGAUGUGUAUAAUGAAUUUCUUCGGAUCGGAGGCGAUCCAAAUGCGUCAGAUGCAUACACGAUCAAUGGUCAACCUGGUGAUCUUUAUCCGUGUUCAAGCCCAGGAACAUUUACCCUAAACGUUGACUACGGCUUGACUUAUCUUCUCCGAUUAAUCAACGCCGCCAUGCAAGACAUGCUGUUCUUCGCAGUGGCAAAUCAUUCUCUAACAGUGGUAGGAUCCGACGCCAGCUACACAAAGCCCUUCACAAGCGAUUACAUCACAAUUUCGCCUGGCCAAACCAUUGACGUUUUGCUGCACGCCGAUCAAAUGCCUGGCCGCUAUUACAUGGCAGCCAAAGCUUACGCCAGUACGUUUAAUUAUACUUUCGACAGAACCACCACCACCGCCAUUAUUCAAUACAGUGGAAAUUGCCCUCCUUCGUCAACUCCCUCGUUCCCUAAUCUUCCUGUUUAUAAUGACACAAAUGCAUCAGUGAGUUUCACUGGAAGACUUCGAAGCUUAGCUGAUGAAAAUCACCCUGUCGAUGUCCCAAUGAAUAUUACCCAGAAAUUAUUUUACACUGUUUCGGUGAACUCAUCUCCAUGUCCUAGCAGAACAUGUUCGGGGCCAAAUGGAACGAGGCUUUAUUCUAGUGUAAACAAUAUAAGCUUUGUGAACCCAUCCAUGGCUAUACUGGAAGCUUAUUAUAAAGGUAUCAAUGGAGUUUUUGGGACUCAUUUUCCAGAUGUUCCACCAAUGGAGUUCAAUUACACAGCUGAAUAUUUGCCGUUCGAUUUACAGGCAGCACAACCGGGCACUGAGGUGAAAGUGCUAGAUUAUGGCUCUACUAUUGAGAUUGUUUUUCAAGGAACAAGUCUUAUUUUUGGGGCAGAUAACCCCAUGCAUUUACAUGGAUUCAGUUUCUAUGUGGUUGGAUGGGGGCUCGGAACUUUCAACAAAGAUAAAGAUCCAUUGACCUAUAAUCUCGUUGAUCCUCCUCUUCAAAACACCAUUGCUGUCCCGAUAGACGGAUGGACCACCAUUCGAUUCAAGGCAGAUAAUCCCGGAGUAUGGUUCAUGCACUGCCAUUUGGAUAGGCAUGCGAGCUGGGGGAUGAAUACUGUGUUUAUAGUGAGAAACGGCAAAGCAUCAAAUGCUCGUAUGUUACCUCCUCCACGUAUGCCACCGUGUUGAUCGCAGAAGCUAUAGCUUAGUUAAAUUAUAUAGGAAUUUGAUCAUCCAUCAUUGAGUAAAUCUAUUCUUUCGCCGCUGUAAUUUCAAUGAAUAAAUUAUUGAAUGCUUGCAAACUCUGUGCAAGCAUUUGAAAUUGUGGAAGAGUUGUUUGACAUUUUCCAUAGAUUCAGUUUGAAAUGUAUUCUAU